GGCCACUAUUGUUGAUGAGGCGGCCGGAGCGGUCGCAUCGGCCGGAGCGGCGUUCCGCUCGUGUAUGAGGAGAGCUAUAUUGCUGAGGGGGGCCUGGCUGACCGACUGACUGACUGACUGACUGGCGUCUCCUCUUCCCCCUCCCCUCCCCCCUCCCAACGGCCGUUCUCCUCAGCGCCGUUUACCUCAGAGCCGGCCGAAGGAUGGCUUCUCACCCGCCGCGCGUGAGGCGAAGCGGCUCGCCGACCCCGGCCACCUCCCUGGCGGCGGCGGCGGCGGCGGCAGCCUCGGCUGUGUCGGCGGGAGCAGGCGGGGCCGCCAGCGCCAACAGCAGCCGCCUGCAGCCCAUGCGGGCGACGGUGCCUUUCCAGCUCAAGCAGCACGGCAGCCCCACGAGGGGCGGCGGCGGCAUUUCACGCGCGGCGGCGACGACGACGACGACAUCGCCUCAGCCGCCGCCGCCUCCUUCUUCUUCUUCGCCGCCGCCGCCUCCUUCCUCGCGCACCGCCAGCCCGACGCGCGGUAACGGCAGCGGCGCGCGCAGCGGCGGCGGCGGCAGCCCUGCCGUAGCCACGCAGACCCCGCCGCCGCCGCCGCCCUCCCUCCUCCUCCUCCGCCGCCGCCUUCCACGCGCGGCAGCCCCACGCGCGGGGCCGGGCCUCGCGGGAGCCCCCCCUCGGCUGCACCAGCUGCCGCCGCCGCCCCCCGCGCCGCCAUUGCCGGGCUCCAGCCCUUCGCCUUGCUCCUCCCCGGUCUCGCCGCCUGUGCCCGAGAGCAGCGCCUGCUCCUCCGCCGCCGCCGCCGUGGUUUCUUCCUCGUCCUCCGGGGGAAGGAUCCGGCACCGGCAGAGGAGGCGGUCGCCCGAGCAAAGCAGGGCCUCUCCGGAGAGGAAGAGCCCGAGUUCGCCUGUUUGCAAAGGUGAGGGGUGGGGUGUGUUUUUUGGGGGGGGGGUUGAAGGGGCACUUAAGGCGGAGGAAACCGGAGCCCCCCGAGCUGCUGCCAACUGGCCCUAACCAUACCGGUUGCCUGCUUUUCGUGUCGAGCAGAUGGCGAGGGCUUUCCUGCAGAGCUGGACCACGAGGCCGCCAGGGCUUUGGGCAUCUCUUCCCUUGUGGACCCCUUGGCUCUGGACCCCCUUGUUGUGUGUGUGGGGGUGUUGUCAUUUCUCACCUGUUAUUUGCAGAUCCUGUGACUUGGCUGUGGUGCAUUGAAUAACUUCCUUACCCCCAUAAUUUUUGGAGGCUGACUCGCCUCCCUUCCUAGGGAGCUGUGUUUCGAUGGCACAGUGUACAGGGACCUGUGGAAAGGAAAGCACUGCCAAGCAUGGUGCGGUGCCUGAAAAGAGAUCCGGGCAGCGAAAGGAUGUGUCUAGACAUGUUUCACUUCAAUAGGAGCGUGGCAAGCUGCAUGGUACAGAACCCAUCUAGUUCCAUACUGUCUACCCUGACUGAUGGUGGCUCCCUAGGGUUUCAGGCAGGGAGUCUCUCCCAGUCCUAUUUGAAGAUGCUGGGAUUGAAACUGGGACCUUCUGCAUGCAAGACAGAUGCUCUUGUUUCGGCCUGGUUUUGCAGUGCAGCUUUACAUUGAUUUGUGGUGGUAAAACAUUACAAAAUAUAAUAUAAGUUGAUGGUAAUUGAGGGUUGAAGGGGAGCUAGUAUGUUAUUAAAUAAUAUUUUCUGAUCUUUGAAAGCAAUUGUUCAGCAAUUGUUCAGCUGAGUGGGGAGGACUUAUGUUUAUUGCAGCGGACAGUUUGGGUAGUGUGUGUCCUCCUUUACACUGGUAAGUUUCAACUAAUGUGUCUUCUUGUGCAAAUUAGGUUUUGGAAUACCUGAGCUCUAGUAUUCACAAGUUUCUCUAAAAUGAGUAGGUGAGAUACUUGUAUAGGAUCUGUAGAAUUGACACCAGGGUGAAAGUAUUUGCUUUAGUGACCCUCCCUCUGUUGAGAAAACAGUGGCCUUGAGCCUCUCUGUUCACAGUUCCAUGGCUGAGUACACACCAUACAUUUAAAACACAUGACUGAUUCCUCAAAGAAUCCUGGAAACUAGUUUAAUGGUACUGUGAAUUGUAGCUCUGUGGGGUGUGUGUGUAAAAUACAGUUCCCAGGAUUAUUUGGGGGAAGUCAUGCCUUUAAACAUAUGGUGUGUACACAGUCUAUAUCUUUUUUAGGUUCAUGCUGUAGUCUAUACACUACAGGACCGGUGCAGGGGUUUAAUACCAACCUUAGGGAAGGAAAAAGACCACAGAAAUUUGACUAUCUUGGUAGCAUUCGCCAUGCAGUCAAGGUAAGAAGUAGGAGCAGAACAGUGCACUACUUUAUCCAAUGAAGAUACAAAAUGGCAUGUCAGUGACAAUCAUAGUGCCCUGGGAUACUCAGCACCUCCCUAGGUAGGUCUGUUGUAUAAAGUAGAAUUGCAUUUAACGCCAGUGGUUUUCUACUGGUGUUGGGGCGCCGUGAAUGAUGGUCAGGUGCAGUGCCAUUUAUUUAUUGCUUCCCUACAAUUGAUUUUUUUUUUUUUAAAGCUGCAAUCCACUGUAUGGUAAGAGUGAGCCCAAUGCAACUUAGUUGAACAUGUCUGAGUAAAUAGGUACACUGGUACCUCGGGAUGCGAACGGGAUCCGUUCCGGAGCCCCAUUCACAUCCCGAAUGGAAUGCAAGAUGCGACGGCGCGCAGUUCGCGUUUCGCCGCUUCUGAACAUGCACAUGUCAUUUUGAGAGUCUGUGCAUGCGCAAGCGGUGAAACCCGGAAGUAACGCGCUCCGUUACUUCCGGGUUGCCAUGGAUUGCAACUCGAACGCGCUCAACCCGAAGCACAUUCAACUCGAGGUAUGACUGUAUAGGGUCCUGCUGGGAACUUUCCACAGGGGAGCCGCACAAAGAAGGGAGCUGUGGCCUCAAAAAGGUUGAAAGCCUCUGUUGUACGCACAUGUAAUUCGUGCACUUUCAACCAAACAUGGUUAAAGGCAGGCUAGUUGAAAUUGCACAAGUUAAAUGAAAGCAAGGCAAAGAGCUUAAAAGCACUUUUUGCACUGGGUCUGCUUGGGCUGCCUGGUGCUUUUAAGCACUCUGCCUUCCUUGGGCAGCGCCAGCAAGGCCUCCUCAGUUCAUUGGUCCAGAAGGCUAGGGAUGCUUAUAAGUGGGCAGCUUGAGUAUACAUGUUUUUGCAUGUAUGUAGAACCCUUGGAAUCGAACCCGCAGAUAUGUUGUGAUUGUGUUGUAUUUGAAACCGUUUACUAGACAGUUGUGAAUGCAAAGAAUAGGUAACAUUUUUUAUAGACAGGCAGCAACCAUUCUAGGCAAGUCCCAUUGACAUGCGGAACCUUUUGGACCCGGAAGAGGGUGGGGCACACAUGCUCUGCUGUCGUGCAUGGGGGCUGGGAACAGAACCCCUGCACAAAAUUGUCGCCGCCUGUAGUGAGAUUGAGAGGUUAUUUGGAAAUUUGUACACUACUAUUGUUUGAACAAGCAUAUAAAUAGCCACUUGCCUGGUUAUCUUUGGGAUGUUACCAGUGCUAUUUUGCAACCACACAGGGAAGCUUCUAUAAAAUGGAGAAUUAUCCUUUCUUGCACACAUGCACACCCCCAUUUCCUUCACUAUGCCAUGAAAUACCAAACAGAUGUGUGGGCAGAUAGACUAGCAAAACUUAUUGCGAAAGUACCGUAUUUUUCGCACCAUAGGACGCACCGGACAAUAGGACGCACUUUGUUUUAGAGGGGGGAGAACAAGAAAAAAAAUCUCUCCCCUCUCUGCCCAGCGCCCCUUCAGCGAAGUGGCAGGAGGCGCUGCGCAGAGAGGGGAGAACUUUCCCUCUUGUUUUCCCACUCUAAAACAAGGUGCCGUUUAAGGUGCGUUCAGGCGGCUACCUUGGAGCCUGGAGAGCGAGAGGGGUCGGUGCGGACGGACCCCUCUCGCUAUCCAGGCUUCAGGUUCCUUUCGACCUGCUCUUUAGGGCUGGCGGGGGGAAGCCCACCACCAGCCCCAGAGAGCAGGUCCGGGAGCAGCGGAAGGCGCAGCGGAGAGGCUCCUGCAUAGCCAGCCGGAGGUCGCUGCCCGCGCUCUCCCCGGGGUGACGCGGCGGCGGGCGCCGCCGUCUCAGCCCCCUCCCGGCUGGGUGACGGCGGUCAGACCAGCACCGCCCUCCAGCCGAGGGCCCCCGCUCUCCGGCUGGGGUGCGGUGCAGGGCGGCGCCCUCACCAGCCCGCGACCCUCGGCUGGAGGUGACUGGUGCCUGCCGCCCUCACCUCCCAGCCCCUCCCGGCUGGAGGGGGCGGCGCAGGGACCCCCCCAGCGCCCGGGGAGGUGGCGGCAGCCUCAACAGCGCGUCCUCGGAGGGGGCCCCCAGCUGAGGACGGCUAGGUCCGCCUCCACCGGGAGGCGCGCCGCAGCCCGCGCCCUCUCCCGGCUGGGGUGGCGGGCUGGUGGGCCUCGCUAGCCCGUGCGCUCCGCAUCUUCGCUCCAUAGGACGCACACACAUUUUCCCUUCAUUUUUGAAGGGAAAAAAGUGCGUCCUAUAGAGCGAAAAAUACGGUAGUUACAUUGUACUAAAGAAGCAUAUCCUAACAACUGAGGUACUUCCUUUAUUUUUUUUUAAAAGAAUACUAACUUUUAAGGACAGAAGAAUUUGAAAACAUCAUCCCAAGAUGUCCUUAUGAGAAAAUGUGGUUAGGAUUAGCCAGCAUACAUAUUUUCUGCAGGCUUGUUUGAUGGCAAGCCCCAUUGAACUUGGUGUGACUUCCCAGUAAGAAUGCGUAGUAGAAUCAAGCAGGUAUGAACAAUAGGUUUCUUUUCCUUACAUCUUGGAAAAACUAGAAAUGUGAUCUAGAAAGGAUCUGUCUUGAAACCACUUGCAUGGAUUAUACGUUUCAUCUUUGACCAGAGUCUCUAUCUAGUCAAAUCUGAGCCUUUUAUUGGUUGUUUCAAGUAUCUUUAAUGAACAAUAAGACCCACUCUCAACUGUAACGUUGUUUAGGAUUGCAGCCUUAGUCUUCAAGACAGUAUUGACUUGUCAUUAUCAAUUGCUAUGGACUUUGGAAAGUGUGACUGCUUUUUAAGCUUUCUUUCAGCCUUGAAGAGAGCUAUGAAAGAGUAAUUAUUCUUGAGGCCAUUGUUCAGAAAACUUUUAUGUCCUGAAGGCUCCUAUUCAUUGAUAUGUAUAAUUGAUAAUAGCACUGAGUCAGAAUUUGUUACGGGAAUGACUAGUAUGAUGUUGCCCCACCUACCUUUUAACUAAAUUUUCAAACACUUAAGAAAUUUACAGUUAAUAGCUUUGUGCCAUGCUGAUUUUCCAUGUGGCUAUUGAAAUGCCUUUACUUGACAGGAAAUAGUCAGGAAGGUGAAAAUAGAAGUUUGAAGGGUUAUAACAUAUCUAGCAAUUUUGUUUCCUACAGAUAGUUCUCAAAUCAUUAAAUUGAAUGCAAAUAAGUAAAUAACAUAAAUCUCCAUUGAUUUGGAAAGAUGGACGCUACUUAAAUUUAGUAUUUGCAGUAAAGUUAAUACACUUAAGAUUAAUGAAUGCUGCAAAUAAUAAUAUAUGUGUUGUGUGGUAUUUAUCUACACAUCCCCCAAGCAUACUUUCAAAAGAUUAAUGCAUUAUUUCAGGGCUUUUAUUUGGGGUAAUGCUUCACUUUGUAUAUCAUUUAAAAGAAUGUGUUUGCCUAUAUUAAAAGGCGGAUUAAAUUUUUCUGAUAUUAGUUUAUACCACAAGGCAAAAAUGUUAACACAUAUACAUGAGUGCCAAGUUUAUUUUUAAUGAAUACUCCAGCAGGUAGGAUUUGAGCACAAGAGCACUCUCCCCUUCUGUAUUUUCCAGAAACUGAUAUUCAGAAGAAUUACUGCCUCCAGUUGUGUAGAAGCAGGGCAACAGUUGUCAUGGCUAGUGGCCACUGAUAGCCCUAAUUUCCAAAAUUUUGUUUAAUUCUCUUUGAGAGCCAUGAGCAUCACUGCUUGCUGUAGGAGCAAGUUCCAUAGUUUAACUAUGUGGUGUGGGAAGAAGCACUUCCUUAUGUGUCCUGAAUCUUCCAGCUUUCAGAUUCAUUUGAUAUCCACAAGUUUCUAGUUUUAUUAGACAGAGAGAAAAACUUCUUUUAUCCACUUUCUCCAUGCAAUGCAUAAUUUUAUAGAUUUCUAUCACGUCACCUGUUGCUUACCUUUUCUUUAAAUAAAAAGUCCUGCAACCUUUCUUCAUUGGGGGGGGUGUCACUCCAUCCCCUUGAUCUUUUUUAUUGCCCUUUUCUGAACUUUUCCCAGCUCUCCAGUAUCCUUUCUCAGUUGAAGUGACAAGAACUGUACACAGUAUUCCAAAUGCGAUCGCACCAUAGAUUUGUUUAACGCCAUCAUGAUAUUGGCACUUUUAUUUUCAGUUCCUUUCUUCAUGAUGCUAAGCAUAGAAUUUGCCUUUUUCAUAGCUGCCUCACACUAGAUCAACAUCUUCAUUAAUCUAUCUAUUGUGACCAAAAGUUCUGUCCCCAUGAGCAUGUAAAUGUGAAAGAUUUUUACCCCAAUGUGCAUCACUUUGUGUUUGCUUACAUUUAAUUGCAUUAGCCAUUUUAUCACCCAUUCACUCAGUUUGGAAAGGUUCUUUUGGUCCUUCUGUGAUCAAGUUUGUAAUUUGUACACAAGGAGAUUGCCUGGAAGGAAUAGAAACAAGAUAAACCAGAUUAUACAAGGCACUGGAGGAGAAAUGGAUAGGUUGUAUACAUCAGAGUCCCAUACAUAGGCCAGAAAGCUUACAACAUAGGCUGAAAGCUUGCAACAGUUUGCAGAUUGUAUUGUUGAGGCUACAUCUAUUCCAUUUUCAGGAUAUAAAUUUUCACCACAGGUCAGAUAACUGCAGUUUCUUCCAUUCCCUGUGUGAAUGGAAGGGAGGUUCCCAAUUUCCAUACAUAACAACCCCUAUGACUACAAGGAACUUUUCAGCUGGAUCUAAACAUAAAGUAGAACUUUCAUAGUAUUUGGCCUAUACUUGAUAGUAAAUGUAAAUGCAAGGCCUCUUUUAGUGGGAAUAUCUGCAAACUGAAUCUUACAUUUGACACCCUGGUAUGAAUCCUGCCUAAUCCAGGUUGAUUAUACCAGUGGUUGUAGUAUUCAAUAUACAGUGGUACCUCGGGUUAAGUACUUAAUUCGUUCCGGAGGGCCGUUCUUAACCUGAAACUGUUCAUAACCUGAAGCACCACUUUAGCUAAUGGGGCCUCCUGCUGCCGCCACACCGCCAGAGCACAAUUUCUGUUAUUAUCCUGAAGCAAAGUUCUUAACCCGAGGUAAUAUUUCUGGGUUAGCAGAGUCUGUAACCUGAAGCGUAUGUAACCCGAGGUACCACUGUAGAGGCAAGAAUAGCAGUGAACAGUUUUUGAUCCUGAUCAAGUAAAUCUAUGAUUCAAUAGAAUCACUAUGUUCCUAGAAUUCUUCCAUAUGUCUGAAAUAGGGCCCUCUUCCUCAGUGUCAUUAAAGUCAUCUCUAAAUAUGGCACUAGGAACUCUCUGAACUGUUGCAUUUUACUAAUAGCACAAUUCCUACUUUCAGGGUCUAUCUGUUUUUCAGUGAAUCUCUUUACUUUCUCCCCGCUGCCAUUGAGCCUUGGAGCUUUUAUAUAUAUAUACUGAAUGAACAAUCCCUAGAUUUUCCAGAGGCUACAUUCUGCCUCUUAGAUGCUCUCUUGUCAAUGCAUAAAACGCUUUGCACAUAUUAUCCUCAGUCGUAUCUCUGGAUUGAUCAGUGGCUGCUGGUUGAACCAAAGAAUCAUCCCAGUAAAUAAGAUCCUAGGGCCUAAAUUCUAAACAUUUUUUUGAAUAUGUAUGCUUUAAAAUGAUGUUUAAAAAUAACUGCAUGGAAUCACCCCAACUUUAUGGAGGAACUCCAAUUCCUUUAAUAUAGGGAAAAGUAUCUUGGGCUGACUAAGGGUUAACGAAACCCUAAUUCAACAUCAGUGGGAGUUUUACAGCUGAAAUUAAAUUAACAGGUCCAACUGGCUUGUGCAAUGGUAAACUUAAACGUUUUGCAAAAAAUAUUGAACCCCAAAAUGGAAUUGUUCCAUUUAGUGGUGGAACACAUUCCCACUUGGCUUGUCUGGAAAACAAAGUUACAGGACUUAAACUAGUUUUAUCUAUUUAUAAAAAUAUAGUUUAUGGGUGCAAUUGCUCUUAUCCUUUCUGACUUGAACGCCAAUUUCUGCGUUGUCCUGUUUUGAUGAAGAACUUUAAGUUUGUGACAUCUGAGGAAGUGGAAAAGAUCCGUACAAGUGAAGGAGAAAUCUCCAUAGUUUUGAAGGAGCAGUGAUGAGACCACUGGUUCAGAAGCCCUCAUUUGAUUUCACAUUUUAACAAUUUUAGACAAAGACUGCAGCUUGUGUACAAAAUUGAGUGAGGGGGUCUCCUUCCUCUCUUCCCCACUUGGACACAGAUGGCCCAUUCUGUUUCACUGCCUGAGGUGAAACAGGAAUGUGCCACUCCCUACUCACGCCCCAACCCUCCUCUUCCGCUGUCGUCAGAAUGCUCCCCCCUUCACCUUGCUGCUUGUCAUCUCCAGCAGCUUUUGAAAUCAUCAACCAGGCAUCCACAUUUUCACUCGCACUGUAGCAUACAGUUGAAUAAUUUGUGGGGAUUUUAAGCAUAAAUGGUACAUUUUGGCUAGCUGCUCCUAGUCAAUACUUUAUCAGCAUACAACAGAAGUACGCGAGAGGAAUGGUUAGCAUCAUUUUUAAAAUAAGAUUACAUUCAAACUAUGCAGAAGCUACCAUACCAUUGGUGUUAGAACUUCCCAUAUUAAACAGUCGGACAUGUUUUUGGCUAGUUGAAGCCCAUUCUGAAUUACUUCCUCCUAUGUGGUGGUGAUAUGAUAUGCACUGGGGAAGCUAGCAUCUGUUACCAGCUUAGAGUUAGCAGAAUUCUAAUUGUGUUACUGUUCUGCUGCUUUCCAGAUGGCAAGCAUGAAGCUUAGGUGCCUAGCAAAAAGCCCUAUCCCUAUUUGUGUACUCUGGCAGAAACAUAGAUAAUGCCAACAAAUAUAUAUUGCAGUUACAUGGUGAUUUACCUAUUUACACCCUUUUGGCCAAAUUACAUUGUGAAAAUUAAGGUGCGCAUUAGAUUCGAUAGCACGUUUACAUUUGCUAAUAAAUACCUUUUUUGGUUUCAAGGUUCUGAAAAUUGAGGUGCUCAUCAGAUUCAAUGGCACAUUAGACUCUAGUAAAUUCGGUACUUAAUUUUUUUUAUCGUGUUUUAUAGAUUGUAGGUUUUUAACUGGGGUAGAGAUACUUCUCAUCUUGAAACCUUGUUUUAACUGUAUUUGUACUAUUUUAUGUGAAUGCAUUGGGCAGCAGACUGAUGGAGCACAAACCUUUAAUUGCCAUGAUAUUUGCUGCAAAUACAGUAGCAAAUAUCAAUGUAUUUUUCUGCUAAUGCUGAUAAUAACUUGUAAUUGACAUAAUUGAUGUAUCUGCACAUAUAUUUUCAGAAUAUAUGAGCAUAGCAACCUAGUAAUCGUUUGGAUUCGUUGUUUUCCAGCCAUGAAGUUGUGGAAGGAUAUGUCCAUUCUCUUAUCUUACAUAAUUUAUGUUUGGCCUAACUUCUGGGUUCAAUACCGUCUCACUUUCCUAACCUAAACUAAUUGAUGACAACUUGCUGGAUAUAUAAAUCAUUGUGGAAAUGAAUCUCUAACUGUUAACAAUGAUAAGUUAAAGUUUAUGGUAUUUUCAAAAAGGAAGGCCAAAUAUUAUUGGACUGUGGAUGGGCAAAGGAUAGGACAAGUCGAUUCUUAGACGUAUCUCAGGAUCUGGCUUCAUGUCUGUUAUCUGUAAUGUACAGGGUAAAUUAGCAAAGAUCAAAGCAGAAUCUGCAGUAAAAACAUUCUUCAAUUUUCUACACAAAAAGAAGUAAAUUUGUUCCAGCUGCUAUAUGAGUGCGCUCUGUAAAAAUUGUGACCCAGAUUUUGUUUGGAGCCUCAAUAUUGUUUCCAGAACUUGAAUUUUCUCUUGAAAAAUUGAACAAUAUUAAGGUUCCAUCGGGGGCAGGGGGUGGUAUGAGAUGUUUUUUCUCUCUCUUAUUUGAUGUCAUUGUAAUUAGUAUGAGCCAAAUCUGACGAAAUAAUGAAAAUAUAGAUGUGCAAAAGCUGGUUGCAUUGACUAAUGGACCAUGUACUCCACAGUUGUUGAGUCUUAGCUGAUCUUGUUCUAAUAAUUGAAUGGCAUAUUUUAAUUUUUGUGACAAUGCCCAAGUGCAGAAGAGAUAUUUUAUUGGCCCAUUUUCAAGAUUUUAGAUAGCAGAUUUCCUAGAGUUCCCUUAAAGAUAGAUCCUGCCUGUAUAACCACUCAGAGGUUGAAAGAGUGUCUAGUCAUGUUUUACUGUUGUUUUUACCAGAUAACGCAUAAUUAUGAGGUGAUUCCCUGCUCAAUUGUUCUGACUAUAUUCCAUGAUUACUAAGCAAGUGGCAAAAAUAUCUAAAUGUUGUUAUAUCAUGCCUCUUAGUUCUGCUAUGAUCGUUCGUUCUUAGCUUGUCGUUUUUUAAAACAAUUGGCUUCAUUGAGGCUGUGUUUUUGUAUUUUUAGAUUUUGUCUUACUGGUUGGUUGAUCAUAAUAAACAUCUGAUUGACUAAAUAUAAGACCAAUAACGAGUAUCCUAUAACAAGAGAACUUCAGGCAGAGGGAACACUGAAUGGUUUUGGAACCAUUGACUAUAGUAUAAUUAAGUCUAAUAAAAUUAAGACAUUUCUGAAAUACCUCUAUUGUUCAUCAGCCCAGCUGUUGUAACUGCUAUCUUGAAGCAAGUGCAUCUCUUGUUAUGUAGGUCACAUCAUGUGAAGCUAGCAGCUGAGCAGUUGUGGGAAAAGAAGGGGGGCCGAGUAGCAACACAAGGGAAGAAAUGACAAUGAAAAUACUACACAAUUUUCUGAAGUGCAGACAGUAUUUUAAUGAAAUACUCUGAAAUAGCCUAGGGAGCUAGAUGAGAAAAAUACAUUGGAUAGAUUCAGAAAAAAAUAAUAUAGUGAGAAUAUAUAUUUAAAUUUUACUCUCCUGUUAAUGGGGAUGAAAUACCGGUAUAUAUGCAAACCUUGUGCAGUUAACCAUAGUAUAUGUUUUUAUUGGGCUGAUGCUAAAAUAUAUACAUGCAUUUAUCUGCAAAUGGGAGCAUUGGUCGUAUGAUGCUCAAUUACUUUACGCAGUAUAGUGUACUAUACUACAUGACGAUGUAUAAUGCAUUUUAAGCAAAACAGCUCGGUGUGUAAUGCAUUAAGCAAACUAGCUUCUAGGCUAAUAAAAUAAUGGUAAACUUUGUGCCCUUGCCAGAGUUGUUGUGUGGGCAUGCGCACUAUGGUUUGUGUAUUUUUUGUUUUUCAACAUCUGCUCCCUGCGCAUAAUAAACUAUUCAUGAAUUUCUGGGAAGUUUUAGAAGAAAUUGGAUGAAAAGAAAAAGUCACGUUGUGUGCCUGAGUGAGUUCUCUGAAUAAUAAUGACUUUUAAUUGUGUGUAUGGAUUGGAGUGUAUUUGAUGGCUAUACUGUAGUUGACUAUAUUUUUUUAUUCAGGAAACGGUAGCUAUUGUUGCAAUUCUAGUGAUUGCUUUCCCAGAUAACUGAUUCAGUAUGUGUUUGUGAUUUUUAAAUUGUAAAAUCCACUUUUCAGAAGUUUUACUAAUGUUGAGGAAAGCAAAAAAGCAAUAUAUUGGGGGGAAAUGGAGUCUUCUGAUAAAUUAUUACGUGUGGGUACUACUACUCUGGGUUUGAGGCUUUUUUGGUUUUAUUAUGCAACAGGGAAUUAGAAGCACAAUUCCUAGUAUUAAACAAUAAGUUAAUGGAGUGUAAUUUAUCUCAAAAAAUGUAAAUGGGGUGACCAGCUAGAAGGCAGAUAGUGUAUUUAACCUAGGACUGCCAAUGAGUCAAACUGUAGUAUGUAAUAGCACAAAGGGAAUGUUUGUCAGCCUAUUCUGUCACAGUUUAAUACAGCAGUGCAUUUAAAAAGUCUUCAAGGCCUAAACUUUAAAUAUUCAUUGUUGGCAGCUGAGUGCUAUGUUAGCCAGGAGAGAGAGAGUGUGUGUGUGUGUGUGUGUGUGUGUGUGUGUGUGUAUAUAUAUAUAUAUAUAUAUAUAUAUAUAUAAAACACCUAUACAUAACAGCUUCAUAAACAAAACGAUUACCAGUUGUGUACAGUCCAAAUGCAUGAUACGCAGAAUGAAAAUCUGUGUAACAGUAGGCUUUAUUUCCUCUCAGUCAUAUUUUUUUCUUUUUCUUCUUCUUAUUUUAGUUGAUAAACCACGGCCACCUUCAUCAAGCCCUUCCAGUAUUGCUCGACGUACCCCUUCACUAGACCUACUUGCUGCUCCAUAUCUUGCUGGACAAUGGCCUCGUGAUAAUCACGGUCAAGCUGCACCGUGCAUGAGGGACAAAGCCACACAGGUAAGAGUUCAUAUAUACUAGGAGAAAACACUUGCCAGGCAGGGGUAAGGAAUGUCAGCACCACUCCUGUCUGCUGUGGUGGGUUCACAGAAGUUCAGCAGGGGACAUUUUCUACUGAAUUUAUAUGCUUAAAGAUUUGAAAGCAUUCUUUGUUCAUAGAGCACUGAACAUGAGUAAGCAAUAUCUUUAACUAUCCUUACCUUAUUUGGUGUGUCAUUUCAUGGCUAGUAUUUAACAAAUUAUAUUGUGGCAGUUGUUGACAUGGGUAACAGAGGCUCUUGACAGUUCAAGACAUAAUUAAUAUUGUCAGCAGGCUUUAUUUUAGUUUAAUAUUUAAGAAAGGUGAUAGAUGGUCCCUAAAUAAUAGCCCAAUGUGUGUUUUCUUUAUGUUCCUGCAAAAAUGUACAUGCAUCUUCUUUUAAAUAAUUUCAAGCAAUGGACCAAGGAGAGCCAGGUAGUGUCCCCAAUCCAGACUGGAUUUUGCAAGGGACAUUGCACAAUUGAUUAACGUUUUGUUUUGAAUUAUUUUAUUCAAAAGUAUUUCAGCAAUCCAGCAGAAAAGUUGGAAGUUGGACUUGUUGAUCUCUCAUCUGCGUUGAAUAUGAGUGACAAGAGCCUAGGGAAUUAUUAUUAUUAUUAUUAUUAUUAUAUUAUUAUUAUUAAAAACCAACCCAAAGUAUGUCCUCAGAAACAGCUACUGGGCCAUUUCACAGAGGGAGUGCAAAAGGAGCAAAUAACAUUGCCUAUAUCUAAAUUAUAUAAAUAAUAAACAUCGUUCAUUAUUUAUGUGAUAAUUUACAGUUCCUCUUACUACAAACUGUAAAAAGUAUAAAAAUAAGACAUUAGAGAGCUCAAAGCUGCAAGAAAUUCACAACAGCAAAUGAUAGCUGCCUCCUGCUCCCGGAGCCCUACGCUCGUUUGACAACUAGUUUCGGGAUCUUUAGCCCAGAUGGUGUUGAGUGCCAUAUAGCAACUGGUGUUUGGGAGAUCCUUUUAACAGCUAUUUUUAAUUAUUCUCAAUGCUUCUUUCAACCUAUUCAGAUUUGCCUCCUUUGGGAAAGACUGUAAGUUAAUUCACGGGACAAAUGACUGCUGUUUCUUAUACCACAACUAUACUGUAAUAGUGAUGCAAAACACAAUAUAUAUUUUACAAUCUGGUCUUGGGGAUUCUCCUUCAGAUUGAAUAUUUUGGCCCUGCUAUUUAAUCUUUGCAUAAAGAAUGUACAGUUGCAUUGCUUGGUUCUAAGGGCCACACAUAUAUGGAAAAAUUGUAUACAGCCAGAAUUGAUGUUUUUCUUGCCCUGUGUUUCUACUACCUCCCCUCCACAACUGAAGGAAGGAGAGGGAAGGCAGAGAGAGACCAUUGUGAAGGGAGGAGCAGAGAUAGACAUAGGCAGAAGGAAACCCUUGGGAUGGUUUGGUUUUGGGGGGGGGUCUAUAGAAGCUCUACCUUUUUAAUAUUAAUUAAGCUAAAUUACUCACACAAUCACCCAUUUCUUUUUUGGCUUCAGAUAAAUGGACGGAUAGUUUACAUAGAGCUGAGUUCGUGUUUAGAUAGUGAUGCCAUGUGAGUUCGUAGAACUUCAAUUGUAAAUUUCCAAAGGUGUUUCGGUUUUUCUCUCUUGGUUGCUGAAGCCUUAAAAUGGUGGUUGCCCUGCCGUGCUUCCAAUAGGAGAGAAUUCAUUUCCUUGUUGAAUCAGUGUUUGAAAGUUAGACUCGCUGUUUCUUUCGUUCUUCUCUGUGCUGGUACGUGUACAAAUAUCUUUAAUUCUCAAAGGGUUGGCCUUGGGAGAGGUUUGGAGGAGUAGAUUGCUUUGCUAUUCCUACUUCUUUAGGCCUAGGACUCCUGCUGUGUGAUGUUGGCACCAAAAUGUACUGUUUUCUUCCCAAGCUGUCUAUUGCUAAUUUCCUUCGCAAAGCCUGGGAUGGUUAAAUGUGAGUAGGGUGCAACUCAGCUGUAGUUCAGGAGUGCUCCCUGCCAUCCACUCCCUCCCUUAAAUGGCAAUCAAAAAAUUCCAGUACUGCUUUCUUUAUGCAGAUGAGAUGGUUUUUAUUUCAUCAUCGCUAGGUCCCUGGAUGGUCACAACAGUGCCAGUCAUUUAAGAACCUGGGUUCACUUACCAAGAGGAGCAAGGAGGUUGCGAGGUGGCAGGGAAGUUUGGGCUGUGUGGGUGCUGCCGUGCAUUCACAUAGCCUAACCUUCCCACUACUUUGCCCUCCUGCUAAGUGACAUUGACUCCACUGACAGGAAGCUCGUGUUGUGGCUCUAUUCCACCAGGCAAGCUGCUCCUGCAGUGGUGUAACAGUUGGAUAUUGAAUUGUUCAAUUUCCUCUGAAGCAUCAGCUCAUAACAUUUCUGACUGUAAAAACCAUAAUGCAUUUUUUGCUGAAUAUGCAAAAAUGGAUGUUCAGUGUAUUAAUUCUGUGUCCUCAAUUUGGUACAUUAAAAUUAAAUCUGACCAUAAAAGGUCUGAUUAUCUGUGGGAAUUAAUUUUUUUGUUAGCUACACAUGCAUUUACUCAGCUUAGAUUUCAGACUUUGCCCACCAGAUAUCUGACAGGCAAAUUUUUUAAUAGGCCAGUAAAUGACUGUAUUUGUAUAUGUGGAUCAGACCAAAUCAAAGGCAUUAUACACUGUAUUCUGUAUUUCCCUUUAUAUAGCUCAUUUAGGAAUAGAUUCUUCUAUUCGUUUCAGAAUGAUUUAGGGAACUAAACUUUUAAGGUCUGGCAUGUUGUAUUUCUGAAAAUUAUUUUGAUCCAGUCUGUUUCUAGUCAGCCUCUGAUUUUAAAUUUUUAGAAUCAUUUUUUUUCCUUUGUCCUUGUCAUAGACUGAAAGUGCUUGGGCUGAAGAAUACUUGGAAAAGAAGAAAGGCUCUCAUAAGCGAUCGGCAUCUUGGGGCAGCACAGAUCAACUUAAAGAGGUUGAGAAACAUGUUUAGCUGUAUUCAAGUCAAUACACACAAUAGCUGCAAAUGAUUGUACAGUACAUUCCUUACACAACAUGAGAAAUAUGUGAUCUCUCAACAUUGUGGGUGGGGAACCUCAGGUUCCUGGAGGCCAAAUGCUGCCCUUUGAGCCUCUCUAUGUGACCCUUAGAACUUUCUCCAGAUCAUACCCCUCUGCCUUCUUUUGCCUCUGGCCACCACUGGCCUGUAGUCCCUGGAAGGUUGCCCUCAAGAAAAUGCAGCCUGCAGGCUGACAAAGAUUCCCCAUUCCUAUGCUGUACAGUUGAUACCUCAGGUUACAUACGCUUCAGGUUACAGACUCCGCUAACCUGGAAGUAGUACCUCGGGUUAAGAACUUUACUUCAGGAUGAGAACAGAAAUCGUGCGGCGGCAGCAGGAGGCCCCAUUAGCUAAAGUGGUACCUCAGGUUAAGAACAGUUUCAGGUUAAGAACGGACCUCCGGAACCGGUACAGAGGUACCACUGUACUAGCAAGAGGAGCAAUAAAACAUGGGGCUCUUCUAAAUGUUAACAAAGCCACCCAUCUGACUGCUCAGAAGGUCAAGUUCUAGCACGUGGAAUUGGUGUAGAAACAUGUAAUAGAGAAGAAGACAUCAUAGUUAGAGACAGGCAUGGUAAGAAGAUGGCUAAGUGUCACUUUCAUCAGAUUGAUAACCAUGGAGAACAUACAGCCAAAUUAUUUUUUUAUGUCAACUUUUACUUCUCUCUUUUUUAAAAAAAACUGCUGGUGUUUGAAAUACAAUAUGAAUAUUUGAGUGCCUGCCCUCACAGGGAGAAAUACCCCUUGGGUCUACUUCCUGCCAACCAACAAAUCUGUGCAACCAAGUGGUACAGAUGCAACUCAGUUAUAGGCAGAGGGAAUUUGUCUCAGCCCUUCCCUCUGCCACAGCCACUACAGCUUGUCUUGGCAUAACUCUUUCUCAUGCCUCUUGCUCAUAGUUGAGGUCAGGUGGUGGCGAUGCCCACCUGCCAUGAUAUCAGUGAAAACAAAGGCUGAAUGGCAGGUGUCCAACGAGCCUUCUCCCCCAUGUGGAAUGGAAACGCCAAUGUUUCCAUCAACGUGCAUUCAGUUUUCAUAGUGUGAUGGAGUUCCCACUUGGUGAGGCGCACAUCUUUCCAUCCUGCUUUUUUAAUGAGCUGCAAAGGCAGAUCGGAGACAACUUCAUUCUGCUUCCACUCCAAGCCAUGUAGGAGGCAAGAAAAAAAUCUGUAAAUGAUCGUGUUGGUACAUAGGCAUCCCUGUUCUUGCUGUGGUCAACAUGUCUCUGAAGGGAGGAAGAAUGCACAUGUUAAUGUUAAUAGUUUUGUGCACUGUUCCUAAGUGGUUACUGUGGUAGUAACAGUACUUACUGUACAUUUUGACAUAAUUGUUCAGACUUUACAUUAUAAAUUUUACAGGGAAACUUAAAAUGUUUGUCCUUUCAGAUAGCCAAGCUACGCCAGCAGCUGCAAAGAAGUAAACACAGCAGUAGGCAUCAUCGGGACAAAGAAAGACAAUCUCCAUUCCAUGGAAAUCAUGCAGCCAUUAACCAAUGCCAGGUACGAUCACAAUUGUUAAUGUAAAAUUUGGAAAGCGUUCGUCCCGGGAUGUUUGCUGUAUUUUAGGUGCUGUGUCACACACAGAAACUCCCACCAAAAGUCUGGAAGCUGUCAGCACUCGAGGCAGAAAAAUAAUAAUGACAAAAUAAGUGACAUGCAGCUUUAUUGCCGAGCAAAUGUUUGCUUUAGAUUUGAAUUCCUUGCAGAACUUGAAGAUCAGCAUGUAUACAAUAUCAGAGGUAAUGGGUGGAAGAAAAAGACUAGGUUUGGGGGAGUGGUUGCUAUGCAAAUUAUGAGCCCUAACACCCAAAUCUGUUUUUGGUUCUGAGCCUCCAGCAGGCACAGUGUGGAUAGAGUUACACACUCAAAUGAAAGAAACAUAAGUUGAAAUUCUCAAGCCAAACACCAUGCCCCAGGCACAUUGCAGGUGGCAUGUACAAAUGAUGCGCGAUUUCCGUCGCCUGGGUCUUUUUGGACCUGGAAGAGGGAAGAUUGGGGGCAAAAUGCUUGUCCACCUGUACAUGUUAAAAUCUAAGGUAUGCUCAUAGUCUAGAAAAACAAAUGCACUCGCUGCAGUUUAUUCCUCAUCAAUAAAAAAUUCAAAUCACAAGUGCUGAGCUAUUUUGGGAGAGGAAGGAAUGAAGUGAAAUUUUUGAGGUGAUGGGAUAGAGGGAUAGCAUUCAUGGCUGGGCUCUCAUGGUCCGUUUCAACACCUUACCAAAAAGAUGAGGCAUAAGUCAAUUGGAAGGGAGUUCCGUAAUUGUGGAGUCACCCCUGUGAAGUCUUUUUCCAGUGUACAUACCAGCUUAACCAAUCUUAUUAGAAAGCACACUAGGAGGACAUAUGAAGCAGAUCCUGAUGUAUGGGGAAGAUUCUAUGUAUGAAGGCCAUUUCUCCGAUAACCUCGUACCAAGCCAUUUCAGGGCUUAACUUCGUCGUAUUAAUAGAAUGUGAGCUGAGAGCUAAAGUUUCAUUCGUUGUCCUAUAUUAAACUACAGAAAUGUAGCAUUUUUCAAUUACUAUUUUUGGGGUUUGUCUAGCCACCUGUCCCAAAGAGUGUGCUAGUUCCUGUGAUACCAAUUGCCAAGUCGACAGGAUCGCGCUUCCGUAACAGCAUAGAGGGGCUGAACCAGGAGAUCGAAAUAAUUAUAAAGGAGACAGGAGAGAAAGAGGAACAACUUAUUGUGAGUAUACUGUUGCAAUCAAAUAGGUUUUAAUUGUGGUCUUAUGCUAGUAUGUGAAUUAGAUCUAGUUAAACUUCAAAUAUGAAAGAUAUGAAAUUCUUUUUAGACAUAAUUUUCCUGGUUCCAUGGUUUAGAAAAUCAGAAAUCAACAUCAGGCUCAUGCCUUCAUCCGUUGCUCCCCCCCCCCCCCCUUUUUCACACCAGCUUUUUUGCACUGAUUUUGGUUGAAUUAAUUUACAGGUUCCUCAUGUCUGAAACAGGACACCGUGGUCUAAUGUUAGUUUCUUAACUAUAAUCUUCAAUCAGGAUCAGACCAUGGUUUCAGAACCUGGGGUUAUAUUCAAUGUAGUGCUAUGUAAACUCCCAUUUCCACAUUGGGACUCCGCCUCCCCCCCCCCCCCGACUUUCCCAGAUUUGUUUGGUGGGUUCCUCCAACCCUCCAGAGCAGAUUGGGGGCCAGCAAUUGGGAAGGGGCGGAGCAUAAAUAUUUCCACUUUCACAAAGUUUAGUUGAAUACCAACCUUGGUUAAUAAAUUGGCAUUAAACCACCAUUUCCCAUUUUGGAUGUAAUGGGGCACUGUGGAGACUGCAAUUUAGGCACCAAAGAUGGCAUGCAGGGGAAAGGCGAGGAGGGAGUAUGCAAGUUAGACACUUGUUCCUGGCUUAAUAGACUCUGGUUGAAGGGUGGGGAACCUGAUUUCCUGAGGACUGAAUAUGGCGCUCUAGACCUCUCUGUCUCUGGCCCUUGGAGCUCUCUCCAGACACCCCGUCACUGGCCCUGCUUCACAGCCUGAGAUUCUUUGCCUGGCUGGAAUGUGUCCUUGAACUCCGAUGAUGACUUUUGCUUGCCUAGAUGCAGGAUUGAAAGAGGGGUGGGUGUCAAAAGCAGCCUACUUUGUGUGAGUGGGGGGGGUUAUUGCUUUAUUUUGCUUUUAUUUUAACUAUUUAUUUUGUGCUUUUAUCGUAUACUUUUAUAUAUAGGAUAUUUUCAGGUGAGAGGUGGUAUAUAAAUUAAAUAAAUACUUUACAGAGGUGAAAUUUGCAUUCGUUUCUCUGCCCGCUUUUGCCUCUGAUCCUCAGAAGGGAACGCUGACCUCAGGCUGAGACACGUUCCCCACUCUUGCUUUAGAUUAUUAAGCCAGGAGUGUUACUUCCAGGCCUUCCUGCUGUUUCUGAACAUCCAAGUAAUUGUGCAUUCAACACUUCCAAGAUGAAACACACGUGUGAGAGUUUCUGGAGUCAAUGAAUGUCAUUGGGAAAGGAAAAGGAAACCAGACAUUAAGAAGGGGGUCAUUCAUGAAGUACCCUGCUUCAGUCAAUUUGGUUGCUUUUUCUACAAGAUCAUCCCUUUAAAUCCUCUUAAGCAGAUAUAUAUUUUCCCCUUGCUCAGAAUCCUUUACUAGACCUCAAAUCUCCUUAAGUUUGACUUCCAUCUCUCUCUCUCUCUCUCUCUCUCUCUCUCUCUCUCUCUUUCUUUCUUUCUUUCUGUUGGAGUCUGAAGAAUAACUAAUCUUCUACUAAAGAGCUUUAUUGAUACAAAAGACUAAAGUAGUCUAUUAACAUGUAAAGUAAUUUCUUAUCCAGACAAGAUUAGUGGUCUGCUGCAUGGCAAGAAGUUUAUACAUACGUUUUUUUCUUCACAGCCGCAAGAUAUUCCAGAUGGGCACCGAGCCCCUCCACCUUUGGUGCAACGCAGUAGCAGUACCCGCAGCAUUGACACGCAGACUCCUGGCGGGGCAGAGAAGGGCAGCAACAACAGCAGCAGAUCCCAGUCUGUGUCCCCAAGCUCAUUCCUGGCCAUUUCCAAUGAGGGCAGUGAGGAGAGCCCAUGCUCUGCUGAUGACCUACUUGCAGACCCCAGAGAUAAAGGUACCCGCUGAGAAGUGCUCAUAAAAGCAAAUUACAAAUUCCAGGCCUAGGCAUCUGCUGAAGUGUGAUGGGAAAUCGGGAACUGAGCAGAAAGAUCAAAUAGUCUCUCGUGCAUUGUGGACUUUUGAGGGAAUAUUUACUGAUAUUUCUCAUGGCACCGUUGGGGGAUAUUGAUGGGUACACUGGUAUGUCCAGGGGCCACGUUGGAGGCCCUGGUUUUAGGAAAUACCAGUAAGAGUGUGGGAGGAACAAGGGUAAGUGUACUGGUAUGUUUUAAGGAACUAAACCUCUGUUCAUUACAGAGAAUGGAAACAAUUCUCCUCUGCCCAAAUACGCCACCUCGCCCAAACCCAACAACAGCUAUAUGUUCAAGCGCGAACCUCCGGAGGGCUGUGAGAAGGUGAAAGUCUUUGAGGAGAGCUUGUAAGUAGUACGGUACUUCAUAGUUGCAAAGUCUUAACAUUUCAUAAAUAUCUAAACUUUUGUUUUGCAGUGCAGCUUUAGUGGCUAAUCUCUGUAUAGACUCUUCCUAAAGGUUAUUUCUUCAGCUCCAUCAUUUUGUCAGUUCAUAAUUCAGUAAUCAUUUAAAACUGUUUGCAGUUGUCAUUGUCCCCCUUCCACUUUUUAGGGAAUGCUUAGGUAACAGAGAUCAGACCCAAAGCUGCUUCAUCAAUGAGAACUGUGAUAUAUUGCUAACCUACCAUGGCAACCGGCAGAAGGCAAAUACUAUUCUUUGGUCAGUGAUUAGGGACUGAAAAUGUACCAUGCCACACAAAUUGAGCUUUUUACUAGUGAUCAGACUUGGUGAUAAAGGGGUUUAUGCUGUCUAGCAGCAAGGGAUGUAAUAGAUCUGAAGAAUGGCCACUUUGGCUUUGGCACUUCACACAAAGCCCAAAAAGAGAAACUCUUAAAGUGUGGAAUAUCUAGUUUUCUUAAAACAUGAAAAACACUUUCUUUGCCUGCAGUUUUGCUUUAAGGAAAACUUAAAAGGUAAAGGGACCCCUGACCAUUAGGUCCAGUCGCGGACAACUCUGGGGUUGCGGCGCUCAUCUCGCUUUAUUGGCCGAGGGAGCCGGCGUACAGCUUCCGGGUCAUGUGGCCAGCAUGACUAAGCCGUUUCUGGCGAACCAGAGCAGCGCACGGAAACACCGUUUACCUUCCCGCCGGAUCGGUACCUAUUUAUCUACUUGCACUUUUGACAUGCUUUUGAACUGCUAGGUUGGCAGGAGCAGGGACUGAGCAACGGGAGCUCACCCCGUCGCGGGGAUUCGAACCGCCAACCUUCUGAUCGGCAAGUCCUAGGCUCUGUGGUUUAACCCACAGCGCCACCCAUGUCCCAUAAGGAAAACUUACCACAGGUUAAUUUUCAAAAUUACCCAGCCUUGAACUUUGGAGACACUCAGAGCUCCUUCAGAGCUUAGCACAACUGUGGGACAUGGCCCCAUCCCUUCUCAGUUGCAAACUGGAUAGAGAAGUGAAGACUUGGUCCCUGCCAGCUUUCAGAGAACUUAGAACACCCUCAGUCUAAGGCAGGGCUGAGAACUUCUCUCAGACUCUGAGCUGGAGUGUGUCAUUGUUGCACUAACUUUGGAGAUGCUCUGAAAGCAGUGAAACUGUGAGACCCAACUUCAUAUCAGGGAGAACCCCAUCUUCUUCUGAGCCUAUAGAAGAGCAGAAUCUCAUGAGCUUGUAUAAUGAGUAUGGGUUGCUUGUGCGUAAGUUGCCGCCUCUCCAGGCUUUGUUGCCUUGGUAAACCUUUCAGUCUGGGCAGCCCUUCACUUCGUGGCUACCUCAGUCGCUAGCAGAAUCCGUCAGUGGGCGUUUCUUAAACCUUUUCCAACAUAAAAGUUGUUUGACACCCAGUCUCCUCCUACUCUCUCUGCGCGGAAGUCUUCUGCGCAGGGUGGGCGUGGGUAGCGGGGACCAGUGCUCUCCCGCUGGUGUCCGGUGAAGAGUCCUGGAGCCCUCUCGCCGAUUCCCCAUCAGCCCCUCCUUAUCCCUGGUGUAGCGCUGAUUUGCUUCCCCAUCUGCGGAGCUGCCUCUCUCCCUGCUGGGCCCUUCUCCAGCAUCAUUUGAGAGCCUUCCCUCCGCCUCUAGCUCCGAUGUCAGUUCCCUGACAGCUUGUUUUGAUUUGGAAACACUUGGAAAACCAUGAAGUGUCACGCUACUUUCUGAGUGUGUCAGGAAGUGCAAGACAAGGGAGACUCCCCAAUUCUUUUAAGCUUUGGGAAAGGUGGUGGCUUUUGCCAGCUUUGGAUUCAGUUGUGGACUGCCUUAUGUAGGAUUAAGAUGACAAUGACCAUUGCGAUUCAGUAAAUCAUGGGUACUUUCAGACAAGCCUCCACAUUGGACAGAUUUUAGUCCUUGAGCCGUUUCCAGUAGUGACCCAGACCUCUCAAAAUCAUCUGCCUUUUCCUCUUGCUCCUUCUGCGCUUGCAAAGGUGCUUCUACUCUUUCUGACACAGUGCCACAGCUAAAUAGGGUUGUUUUUCACUUCUAGCAGUGGUGCAAUGCCAGAGGGAAAAGAUGUGCCUAUGUAAGUAUAUUGAGGGGGUUCCUUUUCACUGCAGUGUUGGACUGGGAUGAGCGCUGUAAUGGGGAGGAAACAACCCCCACUCUUCUGCUGAUCAAGAGAAAAGUGUGUGUGGGGGGGUGCCCCCUGUACAAUGUGGUGGGUAUGUCUUGGCCCCGGGCAUGUUCUGUGCUGGCAUGCAGCCCUCAGAAGAUAUGCCAACCCUCAGUACAGCCCUCUGGUCAAAACUGCUAAUCAUCCCUGCACCAAACUGCAGCUUGGUGAAUGUGAACCUAUGUUAAAGUGAUAGAUACCACAUCACAUUACGGAGGAGUGAAAGGAGGCUAGGAAAAGGGAACUUUUUCAUCCAAGCAACCUCACCACUGCAGCCAUCUGUUCCCCCUGUUCAUCAGAGUUGAAGGACCCUCCACCCCACUGUGUUCUAUCCCAUACCAUUCAAUAGUCACCCAGUUCACAGGCACAGGUUUUUGUUUUUGUUUUUUGCAGGGGCGGUGGGGGGGGGGGUGUCACCAGACUUCAGUGUGGAGGAAACAAUAGCUUGUUUCUACUUGCAUUUCUUGGAACCCAACCCGAUAGUCUUGACAAAAGGAUUUCUAAAGUUGUUGAAUUGUGUAUCAAGCCAUUUGUAAUGCUUCAUCAGGCAGUUGAGACCGAUACGAAAGAGGUUUCCCGAUACACAUGGGAUAACUGUGGUUUUAAAAUCUUCUAUGCUUUUACAUUGAUCCAGUAAUGGAGAACCUGUUGACAUAUUUGUUGAUCUCUGGGAUCAGCACAACAAACACUGUAAGUCAUUUAAAAAAUGAUUAGAAAAAAGAAAGGAUAAUUUUUUAGCAUAAUGAACUUUAAAAUGCCCUCUUCCUUUCACAUGUGUAAAUACAUCCACAUAUUUAAUUUUCAUUGCAUCUGAGAUUUGCAAUUAACAUAUUCAGAACGCUGGCAAUAUUUAGCUUUCUGUACUAAACCUUGUUGCGUUGUUAUUCUUUCUUUUGUAGGCCAAAGCCCUUGCAUGAAAUUCCGGCCUUUUACUGUCCUGACAAAAAUAAAGUAAACUUCAUUCCUAAAAGUGGCUCUGCUUUCUGCCUGGUCAGUAUCCUGAAGCCACUUCUUCCCACACAAGAUCUUACACUCAAGGGUGCUACUCAUAAUCUGACCGUCGCGCCUGGUAUGACACCUGCAUUGCUGCAGCCUAUUGCCAUGGCCUCCAUCUCUGCAAGUGCGGUCCAAGAGCGGCUCCCUGGCGGAACAAACAAAAUUAUACCACAGAUGUCGGUGCUGCAGCAGUCGAGACAUGGCGAAGAAACUGAAGGAUAAACUUGGUUUUGUUAACUUUUAAGAGAACUUUAUUGAAGCUAGUUGUGAUUAUGCCUUCCAAAUCACAUCUGUUUGCAUCAUGAUUGCUGGCAAUUCCAUAAACAGGUCAUACUAGUAUCUUGAUCUCCAUGACCAUGACUGUUAGGCUGGCGUGAGAUCUAGGAAAAGGAGUGGCAGAGAAACUGCUAUACUUGUCUUGGGAAGGCUCAAAUUAAAUCUCUGGCCUGCACUUUUUUAAAAAAAGCUUUGGUACAAUAAAGGGAGACAGGUCAUAAUGCUUUACAAUUUGGGAAGACCAAUUUUUCUGAUGCAUUACCAAUCUUCAAUUUUGAAGAAGGAAACAUUCAAGACAUACCAGCUGUUCCUUGCAAAAGAUCUGCAAGGGAGAAACAAGCAAAUGGCACUGUAAGAAGUAUUAGUUCAUACGAAUCUUGAGCUUUUCGAUGCGUAGCAGGAUGAUCCCACUUUUCUUGCUACAUCAUUUCCACUCUUGGGACCAAAGGACUGAAUCUUCUCAGCAUUCUACGAUGUGACCAGCAUUCUGUGAUGUGACCACAUCCUCCUCCCACAUAAGCUUAAUCUCCUUCAGACCAAGAAGAGAAGCAAUAUUGGUACAUUACAUGCAUUGGGGUGGGAGGUCAAGCACUCACAUAGAGGUACCUGUCUGGAAAUAGUGUUUUAGAGCACUUCUGCCAAUAGUGUAAUGACUUGUUCCUAGUGUUGUGUUUCAGAACAAUAUUCCCUUCUCCCUCUCCCCCCAAAAUGCCAACUAACCGUCACAUCAGUGCCUCCUGGGACAUCUUGGUUUGUUGUGUCGCUUUCAGAAUCUAGAAUUGCCUUUUGGCCUAUACCCCAAUCCUAUCAUGUCUUGCCACUACUAUAUAAAAUGUGUAGUCAUAUGAUCUUGAAAUGGCCAUGCAUGGUUCUUCCUGCUUGUCAAAGUACUGUCUUGUGGGUCUCUUGAGGGUAAAGUUUGUCAGGCAUGAUGUUUGUUAAAGCAAUUUAUUUCAGUGGAUAUAGUCUCCUUUUUUGACUAGCAAUAUUGUUAGGGUGUUAACCUAAGGAUCGUUUGAUUCUUUAAUAUUGGUCUGCAGUUGUGGCCCAUUUCAUUUCUUUUGUGAUCUUUCUAAAAAAUAAUUGUAAUGGUGUAACAAUCAAAAAUGGGAUGGAGUUUCCGUUACUAAAUCUGUUUAUGAAGGGUAAUGAACUAAUCUGGUAACGAAAGGAGAUUUUACCGAGACUCAUUAAACAACUAGAGCUAGAGCAGCUGCUUAAAGGCCACACUUUCAGAUUCCAAAACGCCUCCAAAAUGGCAAAUUAUCCUGGAAGGUAAACUAGUACUUUCAAAGGAGCUAUUAGUACAGAAUGAUUCAAAAUUAAUUGGUGCCAAGCUAUGCAGUUAUAGGAAAGUUAUUAUUUUUAAGGGAGGCUUUCCUGGUAUCUUUAGACUAACGAAAAUAUUGUAGCAUUAGUGUGACCAUUCAGUUAGUGUGAUUGAAAAGCAUAGCAAUACUGUUACUGCUGUUCAUCUUACUAUGUCUAUUCAUCCCCAGUAACCACUUGUUUGGAGUGGGUCACACCAACAUCCGUUUGUUCUUGCAUUCAUUUUUGCUUGCUUAGUAAUACCAGAUAUACCAGCUCCUAUAUUGCUUGGCCUUUUGGUUUCACUCUAUGGCUUUUUUUGUUUCAAAAACAAAAACACCUCUCCAUACUCAGGGUAUACAUACCUACCCAGUUUGGUGUAUCCAUACCUACCCAGCAAAGUAGGUUCUGGGCUACAAUAUACUUGUUAGUCUUUAAGGUGCUAUAAGACUUUGUUGUUUUUGCUGCAACAGACUAACAAAGCUAUGCUUCUGGAACUAUUUUUAAAGUGUUACUUCAUCAUUUUUGUACCUUGGUCCCGUAUUGUACUUGCAUAUCUUUGUUUCUGCUGUGUUCUGCUUACAUAUUUUGUAUUAGCACAGCAAGAUUGUCUGAUGCCCCCCCUCUCCCCCCCCCCAUUCCUUGAUCCUAACUUGCCUGACAUAUCAAGUCUUCGAACUACUUAUUUUGCAGCAAAGACAUUACCAUUGAGGCAGCUGAGUUCGAGUGUUAAAAUCAGGUUUUUCACUCCUUUUUGAAACAGGUAAGGAUGAAAUGGGAAAACAACGUAGUAUUUUAAAACUAGGUCAAUUGUCAAGCAAUGUGUUUCAUCAACGUAACUUCUGUGAACGCACAGCCUUAUUUUAAAUUGAAUGUUGUGGCUUUGUGAAACAUGGGAAGGUAGGGUCCCUCUGCGUUAGAGGAAUCUUUGCAUUUAGUUUAAACCCACUUCCAGUUCUUAAGUUAAACAGCAGCUUAUAAGAGACUACAUGAAGCUCCUCACUCAAUAUUCCCAUUGAGUACCUAAGGGCCAAAUUACAACUUGGAACGGUAUAUAAAACAUAAGCCUUCAAAACUGAAGUUUCCUAUGUCUUCAGAGCAAAAAGUGAGAAACGCACUUCAGGCUGGCCUGCAGGUGAAUAUGAGAAAGCUGACAUUUCAGCUUCCAUUAAGAAAACAGUAUUUAGCCCUUGUAAUAAUUUAAAAUUAUUGAAAAUUCUGAAGAAAUGCAAACCAUAAGCAGCUCUUUUUUGGCUAGUAAACUUAAAUGCAAUGAGAUGUUCAACUGAUCUGUACCAACAUAUAUUAGUCCAGGUCAAGUAAUGAUUUAAAUAAAUCAAAAUUGCUUACUAUUCUUUAACAUUCCACUUAUAAGUUCUCUCCAGGCCUUGAUUUUGCACUCCACUGCCUACUUCUGGGUUGCUUUUACCCCUCUGUGACGUUAGAGCAUUUCAGCCCAUGACUCUUAAGAGAGGCAGAAUAGCCAGAGAGGAUAGUGUUCAUGGAAGAAAUCAAAAGCAAAGAAGUUAGGACAAGGAAAAGGUCUAACAGAAUAAUGAAAAUCCAGCUUUAGCUAGUUAGAAAUAAUGAGAUCAAAUUCAUUAUCGCCAGUUGUCAGGAUUGCCGAGUGUCUAUUAAACUGUAAUAGCUAUGCCACUUUUUCCACAUACGUGGUGGGUGGGUGUAAUAAAUAUACAUACACCGUACAUACAUUACAUGUACAUUCAUGCCACUUGUUAGCAUUCUGUUUGCUUCAUGUUGUUCUUACACAAGAAAAGGACCCCAGGAAACUUGGAAAAUGGGGAACGAUCAACAGUGCAUCAAAGAUUCACUGCCUCUUUCUCAGUCUCACCUGCAGCGUGGGGGUUGGCUUGGAGGGGAUUCACCCUCCAUUUCCCACUCCCCCAAACCAGCUUGUAUGUGUAGGGAAACAAAUCUCCCCUUUCCUGCAAAGCUGCUUAGAGGAGACGGGCGGGGAACGAUGCACUCCAAAGUUUUCUUGCCUUCCUCUCUCUUCUAAAUGAAGCUACGGGAAUAGGGAGACAGUUAUUUUCAGCAUUUCCCUUGCCUCCCAACCAAGAGUUGACUUGGGGAAGAUCAACAGAGGCUACUUCCUUCCCCGUUAGAAUUGCAGCUCCUGGUUGGAGAUGAGAGAAGUCCAGAAAUGUAGAAGCAAAACAGAAAUGUCUGCAACCCUGGUGAGAGCAAGAGUUACUGCCACUAGCUCCCCACAACACUCCUAAAACUGUCGGAGGGGAGGAGAAUCUGAGGUCUCAGAUUCUCAUAUUGUGUCGUCUUGCCAUGUCGUGUUUCCAUGGCUUUUCUUUCUUUUGUGGGGAGAGGCUGCAACAAGAGGCAGUUGGGGGCGGUAUGAUGGGAAAUAUGGGGGAAAGCUAACCUAAUGUGACAUUUCCUUGUACUUAGGAAAAUAGGCCUUCUGGUUUUGUUUAUUUUACUGAAUUCAAUCUGAGGUGUUGCUGCUGCUUGUUGUAAGUUCUCCAUCUGAAAAAAAGGAACACCCGUAAAAUUGUCUUUAAAUGGCUAUGUUUGUAUUCAGGUGUAAACUGUUAGUGACAUGAAACGGAUCCUUUGGGGGAAGAAAUGUAUGUGUGGUUUUAGCUAGUUGUUGGUGUGGCUAAAUAACACUGUAUUAGGCAAGUUUCAAGGUAUUGUUGACCAUAAUAUACAUUUAUCACUAAAAACAAAGUUGUUGACCAUAAUAUGCAUUUAUCACUAAAAACAAAGUUGCAGAGAAUUAAGAUUGGAGCAUCUAAAGGCCUCAUCAGUCAUGAAAGUCAUAUUUCCUUAAACUGAUAUACAAGUAUAUCUCCAGUACUAGGUAAUGGAAAGGCAGAUUACUUGUGUUGGUAACGAAGCAUGAAUGUUUUCUUUGAUUUCAUCUUGUUUGGCUAUCAGUGUCCUAUUUAGAUCUGCAAAUGGAAAUGAAAUGUUCCCCAACAUGUAUCUUUCCUACCAUUCUAAUUCUGUCUGGAUAUUGUGUAACGUGACUUUAUCACAGCAGUUCACUGCCAGUGGCACGUGAUAUAUUUCUCUUCCGGGUUCCCCCCUUGCUAGAGACUGGCUGUCCUGUUUUAUGCCAGUACUAGGGAUAAAGACGUUAUGGAGAAAUCCACGCCUAAUUUGGUAGGUUGUAUGGCUAUAUGCUAUAUUUGCAAAGCCAACGAUGUUUGUUUAUGUAAGACUUUAUAAGAAUCUUUUCCCUCUCAGUGCACACAAGUGUGUUUGGGCAUUUCCUGUUUUUCUAUUUUUUAUUUUAAUUAUGUAAGAUCUACGUCUGCAAAAAAUUCUAUUGAAUUUUUUUACAAAAACGUUUUACUCACCUUUAUGGGACUCGCACACUUUCAAUAAAUAUUUCAAGUG